UCAGGAUCAAAAUGAGCAGAAAGACAAAAAGUGAUCGUUUUAGUCCAUAUUUCGAUUCCCGAUCAGGAAAGUGUCAUGAUGCUCAACAGCUGCAGGACGAGCAGGAUUCACAAACUUCAAAGUUGGGAAGCAAAUCWCCCAGGAAAAGAGCUAGAAAGUAUGGUGAUAUGACAGAGGAUGAAGUCAUGAAAUUACUACUGCCUGAUAGAGUGGAUCAAAACUUAGAUAUCCUUUUUAUAGGUAUAAAUCCAGGUCUUACUUCAGCAUAUAAAGGACAUCACUAUGCUGGGCCAAAUAAACAAAAUCACUUUAUUUUCAGAAAAGAAAUCAAAGAUGGAGUUGAAGAUUUAAUUUCCAAAAUUAAAAGACUAAAACCUUUGGUAGCUUGUUUCAAUGGCAAAGGAAUUUAUGAAAUAUUCUCAAGAUCAAAGUGUGAAAUUGGAAAUCAGCCAGAAUGCAUACCAGGGACAGAUGUUCCUGUUUAUGUCAUGCCAUCAACUUCAGGUCGUACGAUGACGUACCCUCGUGCCAGCGACAAGCUUCGGUUUUUUCAAGAACUCAAAGAGUUGCGAGAUGCAAGGAAAGCUAUGACAGCAAAUACCGUGGCUGAAGACAACACUUGAAUUGAUAGAAACGUUUUUUUAGUACAACUAAAAAAUGAUUGAAAAUAUCAACAUAAGUGUACACAAACGCUGUAUAUAUAUCUAAUACAGCAGCUGAAACUGUUCGUUGUUGGAUUGUGGACACCCCACUGAUAUUCCGGACGCCCGUUAUACGGAAACUUGAAUACAGUAAAUCUCCUCUCAAAAAAAAAGAUAUUGAAAAUCACUCUAAGACAUGGCGAUCUUAUUUAUUGGGUCAUUGAAAUUAAAAAUUAGUUAUAAAUGUAGU